GCUCACGACCACACACGACCGAUAGAACAAGCACUCAGCAUCAUCCGUAAACUCAUAAAUUUCCAGAUACAGGAUCAGUCACGAUCCAAGACCUCCAGAUGCCUAGGCUACUCCAUCCUCGGCAUCCUGCCACCAGCCCCUUCAGGCUUCUUCAUCCCCUCAUCCCCCAUCCGCUGCUGUCCUCCAGCCCCCUUCCCCAUCCCUCCACCUCCCGGCAUGUUCUGCUUAUGAUCUCUCCGGGCAUGGUGCUCACCGUGAUGUCCCUCGGCUUUCGCCAUACCUCAGUCCCAGCACCGCAUUCAGCCCAAAGAUUACUCACCGGUCUGCCCACUUCCGCUCGAGUGCUUCAACCCACCAUGCGCCAGCGGCUCCAGAUGCGACGACUGCAUGACGUAAUCGUCACCGAUCACGCCGUGGGUGUGCUCAGUGCUCGAGUGGUCUUUGAGCGGGGACUUAAGAGGGUCGAUCUUGGUCGAAGAGAGCUCGUCCUCGUCGUAGCCGGGGCCAUUGGUGGGGUGCUCGAGGGCAUCGAGAGCCUUGCUGCUGGGUUUAUUCUGACGAUCCAUUUUUUCGUUGUUGUUUCAGUGUGGUUUUGUUCGGUAGAGGAAUCUGGGCACGGUUGGUUGUGUGCGCCGUUUUUUUAUACGUGCUGGCGAUACGAUGACGACUGUGCGCGGAGUCGUUGGCCAUGAUGCUCCACUGACGUCAAUUGAACGCCGCUGAGAAUAGACGGCGGCCGAUGCUUGACGGGGAUAAGCGGCGUG